UUCGGUGAACCCAUAUUCGACACUACUCGGCUUGCUUAUAUUUACUAUUUUAUUUUACAGAGUUAAUAUUUAAAAGUCGUUAAGUGUGAACAAAUAAUAAGUUUUUAAAGUGAUUGAGUUUUAACAUCUGGCAGGUGUUAAAAAAUAAAAAACUUUAUUUUUAAGAUGUACUUUUUAAAAUAUUAAGUGAUAAAAUAAGGCAAUGUAGAAGUUUUUAUAGCGACCCUUAAGUAGGAGUCCAAAUGGCAAAUAUUAAAGUGGCUGUAAGAGUAAGACCGAUCUCCAACAGAGAAAUAAAUGUGACAGGAGCGGAAAUAGUUGUUCAUACAGAGCCACAAAAAAUUUCUCUGACAAAUCUUAAAGUUUCGUCAAGCAAAACCGCUGACAGCCGGACUCGCAUUAAGAGAUACAGUUUUGAUUACUGUUUCGAUUCUUCCGAUCCAACUGCUGAUAAUUAUGCAAGCCAAGAAAAAAUUUAUGAUACACUUGGAAAUUCGGUUAUUGAUGCUCUAUUCAUCGGAUAUAAUUCUUGUGUCGUUGCAUAUGGACAAAGUGCGUCAGGAAAAACUUUUACAAUGAUGGGAGUCAAAGAUGAUCCAGGAUUGAUACCAAGAAUCUGCAGUGGUUUGUUUACUCGAGCGGCUGAAGAAAUAGAAAAUGGAAGAAAGCUUCAUAUAUUUGUCAGUUACCUAGAGGUUUACAAUGAACGAGUCAGAGAUCUUCUCGAACCUUCAACAAGUCCAAAUAACUUAAGAGUUCGAGAGCAUCCACGAUCAGGUCCUUACGUUCAAGGACUGAGCCAACAUUCAGUUGAAACUUUGAGUUCAUUAAUGUCUCGCGUCGAAGAGGGUACAAAAGCCCGUAAAACAGCUUCAACUUUACAGAAUCACACAAGCAGCCGCAGUCACGCAUUACUCACACUCUCGUUGGAAUCCAGCGAUAGUGCGGUUUCCGGACAAGUUAUUUUAAAAGCCUCGGGGGCAUCACGGAAAACGGAUUUUUCUCGUGGCUGUAAAUUACACUUGGUCGACCUGGCGGGCAGUGAAAAUUCAGCUGCCUGUGCUGGAAUAAAUCGUCUAAAAUCACAGGAAGGAGCCAAUAUUAAUAAAAGCUUAGUUGCUUUGGGUAAUGUAAUAUCUGCAUUAGCGGAAAGAAGCUCUGCGUCUAUAAAUUCCGGAAGGAAAUUUAUCCCCUAUAGGGAUUCAACUCUCACCUGGUUACUUAAAGAUUCUUUGGGCGGAAAUGCAACGACAAUUAUGCUGGCGACGAUAUCGCCAGCUAGUGGGAGCUAUAACGAAACGUCACACACUUUACGGUUCGCACAAAGGGCACAAAGCGUUAUUAAUAAGCCAGUUAUUAACGAGGAUCCGGUAACUAAAAUAAUACGUGAACUUCAGUCAGAAGUAUCACGACUUAAAGCUCUCCUUGCCGAAAAGAACGAUCCGUUAACUGAUUGCAAGUCUUUGUGCAUUUGUCAAAGGAAUCCUGAUCAGACAGUUGAGCAAACAAAUUUAAAUACCAGAUGUGUGUCAACAUCAACAUCACAAUCACCGAUAGAAUUAAAUUCUCUUUCGAAAUUCCCUUACUCUUUGAGACGAUACAGUUUUGAUGAUGGUUUAAGACUAAGAUGUGACUCACUAAAUGCAUUACGACAAUUUGGAUCGCUAGAAUUUGUUCCAGCCACAAAUAAUUCACAAACUUUACAAGUUUCGGCAAGUUAUAAUAGAGCUAAAGUAUCUGAAUUAAUCGAUGAUGAUGAUCAAGCCGAUGAACCAGUCUUUGUUGAUAUACCGACUUUGGUUGCUGUUCUUAUUAAGCCCGACACAAGCGUUCAAGUAGACACUCAUCAAAUUGAGGAAAUUUCAAGUGAUAGUGUUCUUGAAGAUACUGUUGAUACUGAAUUUAAUCAGGACGUUGAACAUCACUUUGCAAAUUUAGUCGAAGAUCGAGUUGAAAGUAAUUCAACUGAUUCUGUUAAAUCUUUAUCAGUAUUUAAAGAAAUCACAGAUAAUUCUAAUAAACAGCCUAGUUCACUUGAUACACGGUAUCCGAAUUUGAAAAUUCUUACAGAAAAGCCGUUGAAAAAUAAUAAAUUACAAAAACAGUAUUCAGUUGAUUCAAAUUUCGAUUCGCAAGCAUCAUCUGUUUCAAAAAUUUUACAAAAAUACAUUUCUAAUGUUUCCAGAAAAGUUCCUAAAGACUAUGAUUUUCCUCGAAUUUUAUCAACUGAUUCAGAGGCACAAGCUAAUUCUCAAGAAGAAAAAUCUGAAGAACUACUUCAUGCCAGCGAAGAUGAUGAUCUAAAAGAAAAUAAAAAUCUUGAAAAGAAUCCAGACAGUCGAGGAAAUGAAAAAUCAACGAAAGAACUACACAAUCCAAAGGCUUGUAUUCAGAGAAAGCAAAGUAUUGAUGGUUUGAAGAGAAAAACAAGCAAAGAUAGCAGCUGUAGUAGUUUGAAGGACGAACAAUUAUUUAUAACUGGAACCUCAAAAGAUUCUUUGAAACGGAAAAAUUCAUUAGAUCCAGAAGAAUUGCAACCGAGACCACAUACGAUAAUACAGCGCGCACGCAGAGCUGAAAUAGUUGCUGCAGUUACAGAAAGGCUCUACGCGAGCAAGAAGACACCUGAGGACAGCAAUACGGCAUCAACGCCAGCCUCGGAUAAUCGCUCACCAGAGAAUUCUGAAAUAAAACUUGCCUCGGUGACGAGGAUGCGACUUCAAGAAAUCUCAAGAAAAAUGUUAGCCAAACGCCGACGUAUUUGUGUUGAUACCCAAACAGAUAUUUCAUCUACUGUCCGUGUACGAGAAAUUGGAAUUUUAGUUAAAGAACCCAAAAUAAUUCGUAAAGACGUUGCUGUUCUUACUGAUCGUCACGAGGAUUUCGAUAAAUUGCUGCCAUGUAGCACUCCUGUAUUAAGAAUAAAAGAAAUGUCAACGUCUACAACAGAAUCACCACCUCCCAAACCAAUUAUUCUAUUUAAAGAUGCUUGUAAUUUAACUGAUGAUUACAAUUAUGACUACGAUGCUAUUUAUUCACACCACCCAGACUCAGGUAUUGUGUCAGAUGAUACUCAUACGUACGCUGAAAGUAAUCUAUCAAGUACAGGUAUUUCAGACUUUUGUUCCGACAUUGAAAAAAGGCCAGUUGAUAGUGUUAAAAUGAAUGAUAGCUCAGUAAAUACUAAUGUUGUUGAGGAAAUAGUUGACACUUGUGCUCAAACGACACCUGAAGAUUUACAUCAUCAACAAACACUGAAUAAUAAAUGUUGUACGUCAAAACAAUGUAAUGAUAAUAUAAUCAAGCAAGUAAAUCGUAAAAAAAAUCAAGAUUGCUGUCAACCAAUUUUAGUAAAUCCUCGUCUUUGUAAACAGCCAGUCGUCUUGAAUGAACACUGUCAUAUCGCAGAAGAAGCUCUAAGUAAAACACACAAAUGCGCUCAAGAAUCAUCAUCGUGUAAUGGAGAUAAUCAUGAAAAAAACAUUAUUUCUAUUUCAGUACCUGAUACAAUCAAUAUUACUAUUGAAUCUUCAAAUAUUUCCGAAUCAAAGCUUAGAUUAUUUGAUAAUAAUAAAGAACUUAAAGUUAAAAAUGCUGAAGUUCAAACAGACAAAAGAGAUAUCAAUGAAAUCGGUACUUUAACUGAUAUUAAUAUCAGCGGAAUACAUGUUAAAGAUUCGUGGACGAGUUCACGGAGUAAUAGUCAUGCAGAUACUAAAACAUUUAGGAUUGAAAAUAUAUUUCAAGACCCACAUGAUACUGUUGCCAAAUCUUUAAAAGUCAAAAGCUAUUCUGAUGAAGCUCAUUGUUCUAUUGUUUAUCCUGAAAAAACAUCGUUUGCAGAAACUAACAAAGAAGAUGAUGCUUAUCAUAAUUGUAAAACAUCCUUAAGUUCAUUAGAAUCAAGAAGAAAGUCAUUGACCAGUGAGUGGCUUAGAAAUCGUAAUACUUGGUCCACUCAAAAAUACAACUGUAACCUGGAUCCGCAAACAAAUGCAGAACCAGUGUCUUUACCUCCAGAAAUUAAUUGUAACUCGAAAUUUACGGGGCAAUUAAAAAAUAUUCCGGAAGUUCUUUCAUGGAAAGAUUUACAUAAUAGUCAAUCCAAAAAUGAUGACACCAAAAAAUUGAACCGGUCUCAAUCGAUUGUUAAAGAUCAUAAAACGUCAAAUAGUAUAACACUAAAAAGCUUAGAAAUUGAUGGAAAUAUACGUUACCCUACAAAAAUUAGGCAUAAUUACAGAGAUAUUUAUGAGCAAGAUAUUAACUUUUCAGAUGAUAGCCUCGAUUUUAAAGAAAAGCAAAGAAAUUCGAUUUCUAAUGAAAUUAAAGCAUCAGAAUUAAAUCGUGAAAUGAAAGAUAAUUUUAAUGAUAAUGCAUGUCCUCCGGAUAUUGUUGUGCAUGCGAAAAAAGAUACUAUUGAUCCGUUAACAUUUUCAGAUAAUAUUAUUCUAGAUGAUUUCGAUGAUAAGUAUAUCGAGUUACCAAAAAAAAUAGGGAUACGAUUUAACGAAAUACCUACGCAAGAAAUUAAAUCAAUUUUUUACCAUGUUCCUUUAAUACCCAUUGUAUUUUCUCAAAACGAAAUGGAAAACCUCCAAAAUAAAAGUAAUGCAGAUAAUUUCGAAGCUGCUACCGCUUUACCGAAGCCAAUUAUGAAAAAUAAUAAGAACAUUUCAAAAACGGCACGUUCUGUAAGAAUUAAUGCAAAUGAAUAUCGGUCAGAUUCAGAUUGCAAGAAAGUUAGCUUUGUUAUGUCCGAAAAUUUUUCAAAUAUGAGUGACACUGAACGCGAAAAUGCACGCGGGAUCAAAAAUGGAAAACGGAAUCUUUUUGAAGAAUAUCUUGAAGAAGCUAUAGUUUUCAUGCGCAACAUCAAUUUAAUAAAUUCAGAUGAAAAAUCGGAUAGUACAUUAUUAUCUAAUCGCGGAAGUAAUAAUUUCAAGUACGAUGAAACCUGUGAUUCGAAGCACAAAAAAGUAAUUCAUCAUACAAACGAUGAUUUCGAUUUAAAACCCGAUUGCUGUGAAGAAAAACGUUCAAAUAAUUUAGAAAAUUUUGGACAAUUUUCAAAACCUGAUAAAUCUGCUGAGACUAAAUCUCAUUUAGCCAAAUUCAGUUCAGAUAAUGUAAAUAGUAGUUCGUCAUCGUGUUCAAGAUUACGAAGUUUUUCAAGUGUUGAUGACCUUCAUUGGGACCACAAGCUUAAAAACAACGCUUACUCUAGGAGUGAUUGCUAUAAUAGUAAAUUUAGCAGAGUUAUUGAUGAUGACAAAUACUUUUAUCAGUUACCUAAUCCAGGUACCAAUAAAGUUCAUACAAAUAUUGACAAUGCAACAGAAAUAAAUUCAUCAGAUUUAAAAAACUAUAGUAAUCAUGGAAGAAUACGAAAUAAUAAUGCGCCUAAAGUAAAGAAACGUAGUCGUUCAGAAUUUUCUGUAAGACCUAAAACAGAUUGUAGCUUUAAUAAAAAAGUUGUUACAUUUGAUGAAAAUAAUUUACAUUUACAUAAAAAAUUAACGAAUAAUGAAAGUUCUCUUAUUGCGAAAGGAAGAAAAUCACUAGCGCAUCCACGUUGUAGUAUAUCAAAAUACGACUCUGCGAAUGAAAAUUCAAGCUCCAAUGAAGCACUUUCUAAUUUUAUGGAGUCGAUUGACGAAGCGUCGAGAUUUAAAGAUAAAAUUAGAUUUCCUUGUAGUCCAAGAUUAAAGUUUUUACAAUUACUCAGCGAGAGACGUAAAAUUGUUGAGGAUACCCGUAAUACCAGUAUUUCUUGAGCUGAUUUUUUAAAGUCGUAAGUUGAAAGAAAAAUAAUUUAUAAAAUCAAGUCAUCAAUAAGACAAAAAAAAUAUUUUUUUGCAUGCAAAUAAUGACAUAAUUUUUUAUAAUUAAGUAAAUCGUGCAGUACUCAAAAACAUUUCAAGUAAUUGGUUUAGAGCAUGUAGGAAAAAUACAACUUAAAUCAAUUCAAUGAAUGUAUAAUAUCAAACACCAAAUGGGAAAUGUUUUUAAAAAAAAUCAACAAAGAUUUAAAUGAAUGUAUAAUA